GUUUUGAGUUAAAGCGCCACUGAAAAUGUUAGUGCACGCUCUUCGGCUUACAUUAAAGAUCAACCAUGCCGAAGAUUAAGGUCCUUGAUUCAGAGAUGAGUGCUGAGAUGCAGAGUGAGGCUCUUCAGGUCGCUCUUCUGGCUGUGAAUAUGUAUGUAAAGAACAUGGACAUUGCUGAUUACAUCAAGAAGGAGUUUGAGAGAAGGCAUGAGAGCUACUGGCACUGCAUUAUAGGGAACUGUGCUUACAGCGUGACACCAAAAAAGAACAGUUAUAUCAAGUUCUCUGUUGAUGGUGAAAGAAUUGUGCUCUUCAAAUCUGCCUGAGAUUCAGCAGCAGUUCAAACACAAUUUAUUUGAUCCACAUAAUUAAUAAAACAUCCUCCUUCAGCUUGUGGUUCACGUGAAUCAUAUAGAAGAGGAAAUAUGAAUUGAAACACUGUCAUUUAAAAACCAUGACAUUUUUGUGAAAAUGUUGAUUUUUUUCAAUUUGUGUUUCCUCUGUCCAUUAAUGUCCAUUGGAAUAAUGAGUUUGAAAGAAUUAUAUUGUUACAUCAUUACUUUCUAUUUGGUGUUCAAAGACUCAACAAAGACUGAAUCAUAAAUAAAACACAAAAUGUACUGGUAACACUUUAGAAUCGUACUUACUGCAUAACUAAUAAGGAAUUACUGCAGAAUUAAU